CCCACCCCCCCCACAGCUCCGCCCCCCCCCUCAGUUUGGCUGCUGAGAGCGGCAUGGAGCUGCUGUUGGCACUGCUGUUGGCCGGGGUCAAAGCGGCCCCGCCCUUCCUGGAGGAGCCGUCCAAUGGCAGCGUGGUGUUGGGGAAGGAGGCGGAGCUCCGCUGCGCCGUGCGAGGGGGCGUGGCCGUGCAGUGGGCGCGGGGGGGGCUGCUGCUGGGGGCGCUGCCAGGCCCCGCCCACCCGCGAUACCGAUUGGUCGGCGACCCGCGGAAAGGAGAGCACCACCUGCGCAUCAUGGCCGCGCGAUUGGAGGACGACGGCGUCUGGCAGUGCCAGGCGGGGGGGGGGAACGGAACUGCGGGGUCACGGCCUGCACUGCUAACGGUGAUGGUGCCCCCCGCCCGCCCAGAGCUGGAGCUGCCCGAGGGGGCGGAGCUGCCGUGGCGGGAGGGGGCGGAGCUGGAGGUGCGGUGCCGAGUGGGCGGGGCCAGGCCGGCGGCCAAUCUGCGGCUGACGUUGGGGGGGGAGCCGCUGCCGGAGGUCUCCUCCCACGUCACUGAGGAUGGCAGCGACCCCCGGCUGAGCACCACGCAGAUCACCGUCCGUGUGUCCCCCCGCCGCGGUUCCCACGGGCAGACCCUGCACUGUUCGGCCACCAAUGAGGCGGGGGGGGACCCCACGGAGACCCACCUGACGGUCAGCGUGCUCUUUCCCCCCGAGCCGCCCACCAUUGAGGGUUUGGAGUCGCCCAACGUGAGGUUGGGGGACACUCUGCGACUGCUCUGCAUGGCACGGGGGGGCAACCCGGCCCCCAGUCUGCACUGGGAGAAGGACGGCGUCCCGCUGCUCUCUCCGUGGUUCUCCGACUCGCCGCGUGGGGGCGCUGCGGCGCUGUCCCGCAGCCGGGUGGUGCUGACGGUGACGCGGAUGGACGACGGCGUCACUCUGAGCUGCCGCAGCCGCAGCGCCGCGGGGGGGGGCGGCACCGACAGCGUCACCAUCCGCGUGUACUACCUUCCGGCGGAGGUGACGAUUUUGGGGUCUCCGACGGUGGCGGAGAACGGGACGCUGAGCCUGGCGUGCAGCAGCGCCCCCAGCAACCCCCCGGUGCGGCUGCGCUGGUGGCUGGGGGGGCGCGAGCUGCCCCACGGGGACACCGCCGUCACACCGGCCGAGGGCGGCGGUUCCGUCUCGAUGUCCAACGUGACGCUGAUUGGGCACCGCCGCGACCACGGGAGGGCGCUGCUGUGCGAGGCGCUGAGCCCGGGGCUGGGGAGCCGCAGUGCCAGCGUCCUGCUGGGGGUCACACACCCCCCGCAGGAGGUGUGGCUCGAGGGUCCCCCCCCCAACGCCACCUUCCGGGUGGGCGCCCGCGUCCGGCUGCUGUGCCACGCCCGGGGGGGGCACCCCGCGCCCCGCCUCGUCUGGACCAGGGACGGCCGCCCCGUUAAGGACGGCACCCCGCAGUCUGGGGGUGCGGUGGUCUCGCGGGAGCUGCAGAUCGUGGUGACCCCAAAUGACAACGGGGCCGUAUACCGCUGCGAGGUGGGGGGGCAGCGGGGGGGGCCUUCCGCCCAUACACGGCUCAGCGUCCUCUGUGUGACCAGUCCCUCCCAGUGCCGUACUGGCCCCUUACUGUUGUGA